AUGAUAUAUCCAAAUAUUGUAAAUAUGUUGGGUGAAAUGACUGUUGAUGUUAAUGCUAUAUGUUUGGAUAGAACACAAACAUAUAUUUUAAUGAUUGAACAAAGACAGACAGCUUCUUGUAUUGUACUUAAUGCAGCAAUGGCUAGAUGUAAUAUUCCAAAAAUUUAUGAUUGGGGGACUAAAACUGUGUUUUUCCAACCACAAAGUCAAGGAGCUAAUGAUGAAAGGGCUUUUGUUGGAUAUAUUUAUUUUGUUCCCCCAACAUUAGAUCCUAUGCGUUUGGAUGUUGGCAAUAUUUAUGAUUGGUACAAAAAUCCCUUACCAAAUAUUGUUAUGCCCAUUUCUUGGUAUCCCCGCAACUUUACAAAUCCAGAUUUAAACUUUUUUGAUCAAAACAUGCAUAUAAGUGAUGAUGCCGUUUAUGGUGUUCAGUUGGGUUUAUAUGUUAUUGGUUAUAAAGAAUCUAAGGAUGACCAAAUCAAAAAAUUCCGCCCCGAACAUCGAGUUCUUUGUAGAUUAGCAACUUAUUCUAAUAGAAAUACUUAUGAGUAUAGAUGGAAUGCUCAGAAGGAGAGAAUUAAUUUAAAUCAAGUUGAACAAUGGUACAUGAAUGAUUGGGAAAGAAUGAAUGAACUUUUCACUUUUAGAGUUGGAUAUUUAAAAUUAUCUCCUUUAAGGACAAAUGAACAGUCAGCGUUUCAAGCCCCUCAACUUCUUUCUGGGUAA